AGGAGACAGGGGGCUGGCAGAAUCCACCAACCUCAGAAAGCGAGAGGCUGAGCAGCAGAUCCCUGCAGAGAUCAUACAGUACAGGAGAUGGAACCCAACAGUCCCAGGAAGAUCCAGUUCACUGUCCCGCUGCUUGAACCUCACCUGGACCCAGAGGCAGCAGAGCAGAUUCGCAGGCGGAGGCCUACUCCUGCUACACUUGUCUUAAGCAGCGACCAGUCCUCUCCAGAGAUAGAUGAGGAUCGGAUGUCAAACACAUUACAAAAGUCUACAUUAUCUAUGUCCCCACAUCAGAGGAAAAAGGUAUCCAGAACAACUCCCACCAUGAAAGAACUCCAGCUGUUAGCUGAGCAUCACCUUUGCAAACAAGGAUCAGAAGAAGAAGGGAAUCUACAGCGUCAAAAUAGCUUGGAUGACAGACCUAAUCUAGGGUGUUGUUGCCAUGGCAAUACAGCUCCAAGUGAAACUACACAACAUCAGGGUAGCUGUAGCUGCUUCAAUCAUGAUGGACAACAGAAAAAUAACUCACCGGGAAAGAGACAUCUUGAUAAUUUAGAAAGAAAUAUAUCGGAUGGGUCUAUGCAAAAAAGCCAGGAGGCUGAUACAACAAAACAAAGCAGCCACAUACAUGACAAGUAGAUCCUGAGAGAAGUGUGUUACAGAACAUCGAGUAUUUUGGAGCCAGGAAGUGCAACCCACGCGACCCCACGAUGCGGGAUGUCGCACAUAAUGGAUCCAAGGAGGCCUCUUGUUGAAAAUGAUUUUUCUUUGUCACCUCUCUGCUGCUAGGGGAUCCUGCGUCUGCACUGAGCCUGGAGCAAUAAUUUACAGGUCCCUCUAGCAGCAAAGGAGUCAAUGAAAAGAGUGUUGUGUUUGAUACACUAUGUCUGUUAGUUUUUGUAUGGAUGGGAUGUUUUUAUAAGCAGAAGGGGUACAAUUGAUGACUUUACUCAAAAUGAACCUCUGAUGGGGUUGUGACAGGUGGUUUAAAUAUAUAUCACAAUAUAAUAUUUUAUUCAUUAUCCAUUCAUUUUUUGCAAUAGCCCUUAGAUUUGUGUGAAAUUGUGCUUUACAACUUUAAGCAGAAAUGGAUUAAUUACACUCCUU